AUGGGUGCCGAUGUCGAUGCGAUCGAUAUCGAUGAUGAUGAUGACGACGAUGCUGGUACAUUCAGCAUCGCCAAUGACUGCCAAAUUGAGGACGAUGACACCCUCACAAUUGAAAACAACGUUCUUUCAACAGUGCAAACGAAGCGCACUACUUUUGACAAGGAUAAAUCAGCAGAGGAAUUUCUGCUGACUCGCGAGGCGGUUGUCCGCUUCAUUCAAGAUUCUCUUGCAGAUGCACUAGACAGACAGAAACGAAAUGCAGACAAGCAUGGAAGAGAAAUGUUCUUUCAUUUGAUGUAG